UAACAAUGUCAACACAUAAAGCAUAUUGUGUUUAGUUUCAGUACAAUUUAGUAGACAAUUCGUAUUGUUUAGGUGAAACUUCAAAACCAUUAAUCGUCAUGUCAUUUAUAUUGUGGUUGGCUCUGGUUUCCACUGGAUGUCUAGUGAAUUUAGAGGCUGCGGAAAUUGCUGAAAACCAUAUUCUAACGCCAGAAAUACCUGUGCAAGACAAUUCAAUCAUCGAGGUGCCUAGGUCAGUAUCUAAAAAAAAAGGGAGACAACUUUCAGAUUUAGAUUCACUAUUCAAAUUCAUUAAUCUUACUACUGAAGAAUUCAUGAGAGAUUCAUCAAAUGGAGUUAUGGACUAUAAUUCGUAUUUGGAUACUUUAAGAUAUGCAUUUGUUGAAUAUAAAAAGGCCAAUAGGGUUGAAACCACCACUGAGCACAACUUUGUUAGUUACGGAUGGUAAAUCAACCAAAAAAUUGUCAUUUAUAAGAAUGUGUGUGUGUUAACUUUUGUUUACAAUUUUUAAUUUUAAAAUAUAAAAAUGUAUCAAUAGUUUUAAAAAAAAUCAUCAUCCCUUAAUUUUCCAUUAAAGAAAUAAUAAAAGUAGUCAUUUAG